UCGAGAUAUUGUUUGCCAAACACACCGUAGGAUAAUGCAAAUGAGUGCGCUCUCAACCCCGUUGUUCCAGCUCGCUCAGAUCAGUCUCUCUCCCCUCGACAACCUCCCUCUCGCACAAAUCUACAAUUCAAACACAAACAUCAUGUUCAUUUGAGACGAAAACCUCGGUUUUGUCUCAUAAUUUCUUUCUUACCGAACGGCUUUAAAGGGACUUGUGUAGGAAAUGGGGGCGUACAGAGCGGACGAUGAUUACGAUUACUUGUUCAAGGUGGUGCUGAUUGGGGACUCGGGCGUCGGCAAAUCGAACCUGUUGUCUAGGUUCACGAAGAACGAGUUUAGCCUGGAAUCGAAGUCCACCAUCGGGGUCGAGUUCGCCACGAGAAGUAUUCGGGUUGAUGAUAAGGUCGUCAAGGCCCAGAUUUGGGACACCGCUGGCCAAGAAAGGUAUCGUGCAAUUACGAGUGCCUAUUAUCGAGGUGCUGUUGGUGCUUUACUAGUCUAUGACGUUACCCGACAUGUUACAUUUGAAAAUGUGGAGAGAUGGUUGAAGGAGCUUCGGGAUCAUACGGAUGCCAACAUUGUGAUCAUGCUUGUGGGAAACAAAGCAGACUUGCGGCACCUACGAGCAGUUGCCACUGAAGAUGCCAAGGCUUUUGCUGAAAGAGAAAGCACCUUUUUCAUGGAGACAUCUGCCCUCGAGUCCAUGAAUGUUGAGAAUGCCUUCACAGAAGUGCUGACCCAAAUUUAUCAUGUUGUAAGCAGGAAGGCCCUUGAUAUAGGGGAUGACCCAGCAGCCUUGCCCAAAGGACAAACAAUCAAUGUCGGAACCAAGGAUGAUGUAUCAGCUGUGAAGAAAGUGGGAUGUUGCUCUGCUUAAAAUGGAGAUGAGAUCUAAAUUAAUUUACAUAUCAUCUUUGGAAUUCUAUGCUCUGUUCAAAUUCUUGUAGAGAUCAGACUGAGUGAAAGAAAUGCUGUGUCAACAGAUUAUUGACUGUUUGAGCGUUAUGCUUUGCAAACAUUAGUGAACUUUGGACUAUGUCAGUCAAAAUUUAGGAUCCAUAAGAUAUGUGCCUGUUAUUUUCUUUGAUUCAA